AUGGAAGCAGACAAAUUGGGCUGUUUGGGGGUCCUAACAGACGGCUGGCAAGCUGUUGCCAGCAUGUUUGGAUCCAUCAUCCUACAUGCACAACAGGCAUACAACUCCCGCCUUCGACCUAGUCUGCCCUUAAACCAAGGGCCUGACUCCAAACGCCAAUCAGCCGCUUCUGUGACGCCUAUAAUCAGUCCCCUCCAGUUGGCACCAAUUGGGGAGUUUACAAGCGGGAUCCGGGAUGCUCUUGACGUUGACACUUGA